AUGUGGAUCAACAUAUGUGUCUGCCUUCCUUUGACUAUACUGAUCCUCUACUGUGUGUCUUAUAUGGUGCAGAAGAGUCAGGUCUCUAUCAUCUAUUACACAAAUCUCCUCAUCACCAAUCUAAUCCACAUCUGCAUAAUGACCAUUUGGGUGACAAGAGUGGAAAGCAUCAUCACCGUCAUUAUUUAUUACUGUGUUAUGAUGGCCAACCUUUACUUCAGGAUGUGCAUUGUUCUGGAAAGGUAUUUUUCCAUCAUGCACCCACUGCUGGACUGUGUCAGACAACCGAAGAGUUCGGUGAUGGUCUGCGUUCUGGUCUGGGCAUUUUGUAUUGUCAGUGUCCCUCUUGUCAUAGUCUUACAAGAAUUUCAACAGUUACUUGUUUAUGCCAUUGUCCCUGCUCCUGUGUUCCUCUUCUGUUCAACUCAGUCCUGCGGAGCCCUGCCUGCUGCCACCUCAAUGUCCACUGAGGAAAAAAAGAGAAGUCUAGGAACUCUGACUCUGUUGUCCUUUAACUACUUUCUGGGAACCCUUCCCACAAUGAUCUUUGAUAUUCUAGUCAUGCAAAGUUAUAUUAACUGGAUUGUCUUUCUGCUUGUUCCUUUUGCGGAGUUGAUUCUGUUUUUUCUCAUCCUCACUGUAUGUGUGUGGUGUGUGAACAGCACUGCAGCAGAUGAAGAAGAUGAUGAUGAGUCUGGCUUAUUUUAGAACAGACGUGAGUCUUGAUGAAAACAGAGUCAAGAGAGAGAAACAAGGAUGCAAAUGGUUGAAGAGUUUCUGAGAAAUGAGGCAAAAAAAACCCAUCCUUCACAAAUAGUGUUGCACGAGGACAUCAGAC